AUGCUUACUGAAAAAUAUAGUGCUAUACUUCCACAAAAACUUGAUGAUCCUGGUAGUUUUACCAUUCCAUGCAUUUUGGGAGGAGUAUAUCUUGAAAAAGCACUUUGUGAUUCUGGAGCUUCAAUAAAUUUGAUGCCAUUUUCUAUCUUUAGAAAAUUGGAUCUUGGUGAAAUGAAGGACAUAGGUAUUUCUCUUCAGUUUGCAAAUCAAAGUACUAAGAAACCUAAGGGAAUAAUUGAAAAUGUGCUUGUAAGAGUAGAUACGUUUGUGUUCCCUGUAGAUUUUAUAGUGCUUGAAAUGAAAGAAUGUCCUAAUGAACCAAUAAUUUUAGGUAGACCAUUUCUUGCUACAGGAAGAGCAAUCAUAGAUCUUCAUCAAGGACAACUAAUUUUGAGGGUUGAUAAAGAAAAUGAAUUCAAAGAUGAUCAAUUAAUUUCUGACUCAAUUGAAAGAUGUUUGACCAAAUCAGACACUACACAAGAUGAUGAUCCCACAAUCAGGAAAGAAGCUGAAAGACUAGAAAACGAUUCUAAGGAUAAAGAGAUGUAA